GCAAAUUUUAAGCCUUAAAUUUUGUUUUCACUAUUUGAAUCAUGAAUAUGCUGACAGGACGCUUGUCAAUUUGAAAUUUUUUGCAAUGAAUCACUUUAAAUAUGAAUUUUUAAUUGCUGGAGUAGCAGGAGGUACCAUGUCAACCUUAUUACUCCAUCCACUUGAUUUAAUUAAAAUACGAUAUGCCGUGGAUGAUGGACGCAGCAAACUUAAUUUACACCACAAUGGAUUGUCUAAUACUUUCAAGAAAAUUAUCAUAUCAGAAGGUUAUUCUGGGUUGUACAAAGGGCUGACGCCCAAUAUUUUGGGAUCAGGAACUUCGUGGGGACUGUACUUUCUUAUAUAUAACUAUGUAAAAGCUUGGCUACAAGAACAAAAAUCCAAAGAAUCUUUAGGACCUUGGUCACAUAUGUUAGCUGCUGCAAAUGCUGGAAUUUUAACUUUAUUGAUAACUAAUCCGAUCUGGGUUAUCAAAACUAGACUCUGUCUGCAGUAUGCUGAAGAAGUGCAUCUUUCCAAAACCAUAAAAUACUUUGGCAUGAUGGAUGCAUUUAAAAAAAUUAGUCAAAGCGAGGGUAUUGGAGCUUUUUAUAAGGGUUUGGUACCAGGUUUAUUUGGUGUAUCUCAUGGUGCGAUGCAAUUUAUGACCUAUGAAGAAUUAAAGAAAUUCUAUAAUAUUUAUAGAAAUCGUCCAUUCAAUGAAAAACUUGGAACAAUACAAUAUAUUUUUUGUGCGGCCAUUUCAAAGAUGAUUGCGUCAACCGUAACCUACCCGUAUCAGGUAAUAAGAAUUCGACUGCAAGAUCAACACCACAACUAUAAAGGUACAUUGGACUGUAUCAGAUGUAUAUGGAAGUACGAAAAAGGUGGUGGAUAUUACAAAGGACUCAGUAUUAACCUCGUAAAGGUCACUCCAGCUACUAUAAUUACUUUUGUUGUUUAUGAAAAUUUAGUUAACUAUCUUAUUAGUUUAAGAGAAAUAAAAUUGUAUUAAUAUUUUAAGUUUUCAAGCUUUCUAGUAGUUGAUUUAUAAAGCUGAAGUCACUUUCAAGUCACCAUGUUUAUAAGUAAAGUAAGUCAUAUUAAUUAUAGAAUAGUAAGAGCAAUUUUAAGUUUGAAAUAUGACUGAACCAACCUAUUGUUUUAAAACGCAUCAUAAUUUGCCUUAAAAAUAAACAGAGCUACUGCAGAGUUAAAUGGAAGAUCUUCGGACAUUGUUUAAAAUGAUAAAUAGUGAUUGUUGUA